AUGCCUCGCUCACAUCCGGUCAACUCGCUGAUCGUGGCGGCGGUGGCGACCCCUUUUGUUUAUGGAUUGGCGACGUUCAUGUCUACUGCCGCAUCGGCAUGGACCCUUGCCGUCCUGUUGGCUGUGUUUUACUCCUUUGACGUCCACUACUUUUGCUGGAUGGCCAAGGCUGCACUCACGCGCCACUUUGGCACCCGCAUCGGCUUGAUGGAUACGUGUUCACUCAGUCUCGUCGUGUGGCUCAAUGACAUCGACUUUAUGGCGCACACCAACAACGCUCGGUAUCCACGUGCCGCCGAUGUGGGGCGCUACGAGUUGUGGUGUCGAAAUGGGGUGGUGGAUGCUCUCAAGAAGCUCAAGGGCCACAUGGUGUUGGGAGCUUGCACCACGCGCUUUCGUCGUUCCCUGGACCCGCUGGAGCGGUAUCAGUUGCAAACCCGUGUCCUGUGUUGGGACGACUCUGCCUUCUACGUGGAGCAGCGAUUUGUCACGCCAGACGGCUUUGUUCGGGCGUCCUUCUAUGCCAAGCAGUCACUCGUUGGCACAUCGCCUCAGCGUGUGCUUGAAACCAUGGGCCUGGCGCUCGAGUCGCCGCCCAUUCCCGAGCACCUGCAGCCUUGGCUUGAAUUUUUGAUCAUGGGAGACGACGCCCCAGCUUCACCGGCGCCGGUGCCGUCGGCAGCGACCCCCGGUUUGCUCAACGCUGCUGAUCUCAACCUGACGCAGGAUCAGAUGAUUGGCUUUAUGAGCUUGGUGCGCGAUGGUCGAAUGACCAUUGAUCAAGCCAUUGAACGCGCCAAAAAACUGUCACAGCGCCAGGAUAAGGUCGAAAAGCAGACUGUACACCGCGUUAAGAGCUUUGACGAGCAGCUCGAUAUCCUGGGUAGUCUGCCGCCCAAGGUACGAAAAGCCAUCAUCACUAAGAUUCGCCAAGAACAAGUGCCUUUUGACGAGGCGCUGGCCCAUGUGUUGGACGCUACGUACGGCCCAACCCGACGCCGUACAAUUUCCGAGACCAGUGACGGCGAUGACAGCAAAUCCCCUGCUCUGGGUCGGGAUUCUAGCUCGGACAAGGCACGCCGAAAGAGCUUUUCCCAACGAUUACGUAGAACAGUCAGCUCCUCAGCGUCAAUGCAAGAAGGCGGUGAAGGCUUGCCACGCAUGCAGCUGCGCCGCCGCAGUAGCGUCGCUGCAGAUCCCGUCAACUCAAGUUCACGGACAAAGCAGCGCGACGAUGAGCUCGAGGCCGAUCUAGCCGAGGUUUCGGAUCUACUGGCCCAGCUAAAGACCAACGGCGCAUUGUCGGAAGAAUGA